AUGAUCACCUCGCCUACUUCGCCGACGCUGCUGCGUUGCAGUCCGAGUCUCUCCGCCUUUACAAAUUACUCCCCUUUCGACUCCUCACCCGAGGUGAACCACGACUCCGCCGAUGCCGUCGUCACGCCCGACAGUGAGCACGAAAGCCCGCCAGAGCGAGACUCUCCCGUGUGCGGCAGCGUCGUGCCCAAGAUCGAAGAGCUCGACGACGACGACGACGACGACCACAAUGCGCUAGAAGCCCUAGCGAUCGAUGCCAAGCCUGCCCUCGGCGAUGAUCAAGCGCAAGCGCAACCGCUGCCCGCGCCUCCACCCCGCAAACGAGGCCGGCCCAGGAAGCACCCCAUCGUGGAGCAGAAAAAGUCGACGGCCUCACACGCUCGCUCCAAGACCGGCUGCGGUACAUGUCGCCGGCGAAAGAAAAAGUGUGACGAGACGAAGCCCGUCUGCUUGAACUGCGAGAAAAAUAACGUGGUCUGCGACGGCUACGAACCGAAGCAGCCAUGGCGGAGCGGGAAGCAGAAGGCGCUCGUCAAAUGCGAUCCCACUCCGCUACCGCCUCUCCAGAUAAUACCAGAGGGCGUCGAGGGUGCUGUCGAUCGCAUGUUCGUCCAGCACUUCACGAGUCUGGUCGGCAGACGACUGUCAUUGACGGACAAUGGCAACCCGUUCCUCGAACACAUCUUCCAGAUGGCACAGAAGCACGUCGGACUGAUGCAUGGCCUGAUUUACCUCUCCGGUAGUAAUUUGAUCGCGGGAUCGCCAUACUCCAAUGCCGAGUGGGAAGAACGUCAAUGGCAUCAUGAAAGCAAAGCCAUCAACUUCCUCUGGGCAGACCUCAAGAAGAUCAUCGAUGCCAGUGACCAGAACAAGGCCCUGGUGUCUGUGGACGACCAUUCGCUUGCUCAAUCUCUAGUCCUCUGUCUCCAAACGGUGGCGGCUGGAAAUACAAAUGGAAUAUACCGGGUAGGUAGAGCUGACAUGUUUGUACUCUUCCCUGUUGGAAGCUGGCACAUGGUCUCAGAAACUGGCUAACUCGAGCAGACCCACCUCGACGCGCUGAAGAAGAUGCUCGAGUGCAAAUCCGGCGCGCUGAACAACAUAACCUUUCGACGUUUCGUGUUGGAGUUCGUCAUUUAUCACGACUAUAGCAGCGCUAUCACCAGCCUCCAAAAUCCCCUGGACGAACGAAGUUUCGCUCUCAUGGAAGAGUUCAGGCUGUCAGAGUGUAUGAUCCAACCUCAGGCGGGUAUCCUACUUGGCGUCCUCGACGGACUCUUUGGUUACAUUUCUCAGAUUCGCAGCCUUCGCGACAUCAUUCGUGGAUGGGCCCAGCAAGGCACUCCGUUCUGGGCAUCUCCACAGGCAGGUUACAUCCAAGAACAAGUCUUCAACCUCACACAGGCAAUACGCAAAUGGAAACCCGACUGUCAGCCAGACAGUCCGCGGUUUGAGGCCAGCUUGCUGUACAGGCAAUGCACAUACAUCUACCUCGCACGCACAGCAAGCCCAUCUCGACCAUUGCCCUUUUACCAACAGGCCGUCGAGGAGGGUCUCAAACACCUCCGCAAUCUACCGUGGGAUAAGGACAAGAUCUCAACACAGUCGAUCCUGCUCAUGCCGCUCUUCCUCCUGGGCUGUGCGGCUUUCGAUCCCCAGCAACGACCCGAAAUCGACGAUGCAUUCCAACGAUUGCAGGACUGGAGCAAUUUUGGAAACAUCAAGCAUACCCGCUCGGUCAUACAGGAGCUUUGGCACAUGAUGGACAACGACCGUGCGGAGGAGACAUGGGAUUGGGAAACCAUCAUGGACCGUCAACAGCUGAGGUUCCUCAUCACCUAA